GCCGUCGCAGUAGAGAGGGUCUAGCUCGAGGGGAAGGAGGAGGCAGUCUGUAGCGUGAGCUUCUCGGGCGUACUACGGCUGAGCGGACAGCUGGUUGGUGCUUAGGCUACGCCGCGGCAGCAGGUCCCUCCACGUGCUCUCGGCGGCGCCAUGGAACUGGAGGAAUUGGGGAUCCGUGAGGAAUGCGGCGUGUUCGGGUGCAUCGCUUCUGGAGAGUGGCCCACGCAGCUAGACGUGCCGCAUGUGAUCACUCUGGGACUCGUGGGGCUGCAGCACCGGGGUCAGGAGAGUGCUGGUAUUGUAACCAGUGAUGGGAGUUCAGUGCCUGCAUUCAAGGUGCAUAAGGGAAUGGGUCUUGUAAAUCAUGUUUUCACCGAGGACAAUUUGAAGAAAUUGUACGUCUCAAAUCUUGGGAUCGGACAUACGAGGUACGCCACUACGGGAAAAUGUGAACUGGAAAACUGCCAGCCAUUCGUCGUGGAAACUCUUCAUGGGAAAAUAGCCGUGGCACACAAUGGUGAGCUGGUGAAUGCGGCUCGGUUAAGGAAGAAGCUCCUGCGGCAUGGUAUUGGGCUUUCCACGUCCUCCGAUAGUGAAAUGAUUACCCAGUUACUCGCGUAUACCCCUCCUCAGGAACAAGAUGAUACCCCAGACUGGGUGGCAAGAAUUAAGAACCUAAUGAAGGAAGCACCCACGGCAUACUCUCUGCUCAUAAUGCACAGGGAUGUCAUUUACGCAGUGCGGGACCCGUACGGAAAUCGCCCUCUGUGCAUUGGUCGUCUUAUUCCAGUUUCUGAUAUUAACGACAAAGCAGGGUUUUUCCGGAACUUGAAGAUUGCUGGAAGCGUAGCCUCAGCUGGGGUUGCAGAGAAAAAGUCUUCAGAAACUGAAGGAUGGGUGGUGUCUUCAGAGUCUUGCAGCUUUUUAUCUAUUGGUGCAAGAUACUGCCAUGAAGUCAAGCCUGGGGAAAUUGUAGAAAUAUCCAGACAUGGUGUCAAAACUCUUGAUAUAAUUCCAAGGUCUGAAGGGGACCCAGUGGCUUUUUGUAUCUUUGAGUAUGUUUAUUUUGCAAGACCAGAUAGUAUGUUUGAAGACCAAAUGGUUUAUACAGUACGUUACCGGUGUGGUCAGCAGCUGGCGAUAGAAGCACCGGUAGAGGCGGACUUGGUGAGCACAGUUCCAGAAUCUGCUACGCCUGCUGCUCUUGGGUAUGCGGCAAAGUGUAGGCUGCCAUAUGUGGAGGUGCUGUGUAAAAACCGGUAUGUUGGAAGAACCUUCAUUCAGCCAAACAUGAGGUUAAGACAACUUGGUGUUGCAAAAAAGUUUGGUGUGUUGUCUGACAACUUUAAAGGCAAAAGAAUUGUUCUCAUCGAUGAUUCAAUUGUGAGAGGCAAUACCAUCUCACCCAUUAUAAAACUCCUCAAAGAAUCUGGUGCAAAAGAGGUGCACAUUCGGGUCGCUUCACCACCAAUAAAGUAUCCUUGCUUCAUGGGGAUAAACAUUCCCACAAAGGAAGAGCUUAUAGCCAAUAAGCCAGAAUUUGAAUGUCUUGCAGAGCACCUCGGAGCAAAUAGUGUUAUAUAUCUGUCAGUGGAAGGACUGGUUUCGUCCGUGCAGCAAGAGUUAAAAUUCAGGAAACAGAAAGUGAAAAAACAUGACAUUACAAUUCAGGCAAAUGGAAAUGGUCUGGAAUGUUUUGAGAAGACGGGACACUGUACGGCUUGCCUCACUGGGCAGUACCCCGUGGAACUGGAGUGGUAGCUGCCUGGACAGAUGCUUCAAGACUGACAGGUGAUGCAGAAGUGGUUCACGUACUGUUACUCAUUUGGUACAAAGUAAAGUGGAUGCCACAUGCUUCUGUAUGUAUACCUUCAUAAGCUUGGAGAUUGUCUGAGGUUACUCAAUUGCUAUAAUUGAACCAUGAUGAUUACAUGAAAUAAAACAUGUAGGGAUGCUUUUUAUACAAGGGUUGACUCUUUUCACCUAAGAGAAGGCCAGAGGUUAGUGGUAUUUCCCAGGCCCAUGCUUGAAGAGGUUAGAAUAAGGGAUGUUAUAUACACAGGGCAGAGGGCUUUGUAAAGUCUCAUGAAAACUUUGAAUUCGUUGAGUUCAUUGUGCCCCAGAGGUCUCUAGUCUGUACAGUCAAGCCUGUAAUUAUGGCCUUGAUCUUAGGUUCUUCCCCCUCACCGCCAUACUCAUAUUUGUGGUUCUGGGGACCAGUGUACAACUCUUAAAGAAAAACAUGAAAAAUACUUGGGAAGCUGAGGCAGGAGAAUCUAAAAUUCAAGGCCAAUCUGGCUUUCCUGCCUCCAGAUAAGAAAGUAUCUUUCUGCGCCUGGGAAUCCCCAUUUGUUUCUUGAGGCAUUCGUACAAGUAGUAUGUAGUAGGACUGUCAGUACAUGUCGUACCUGAGUUGAGAAAUCCCGAUUUUCCCCUGCGUUUCUACAGUGCAUGGUCAGUAGCUUUUGAGAAGCUAACGUUAAUUAGCUUCUGCUAAAUUAGUUUGCAGUUUCACUGUGCUGGAGGGUAGGUUUGCAGACCUUUUCCAUCUCUGUGGGAUGCACUAUAUCUGGAGCCUUUUUUUUUUCUAUACUUGAUUAGAAAAUGUGCUCAAUAAUAUUUAUCCCAGCAAAUAACUUAGUACAGUGAAAAUAUGAAACAAUUUUAAGUCCAAGUAAGCUUUUAUCCUUAAUUUGAUUAAACUUGGCUCUUUGAAUGGAAUGUUGGAUCAUUUACAGUCAUGUAUAUAUACAAUUUAAAUUGAGCAAAAAGAAACAUAAGAGGGCUGACUUUGUAAAGGCUAAGCAGACACCACUGUUUUAGGUAUUAGAUUGCCUGUACCCAAGCGUCAGCUCAGAAUCAUGUUUUUUCUACUUUGUUUGGUUAGCUCUACUGAGUUUUUAUUUUUAUUUUUUUAAAUGAUGCAGAUUUAGUGGAUUGAGGUGAUUUACUAACUCCUACUUGUGUAAGAUUUUUCACAUGCAAAAAUAAUUAUUUCUAUAUUGUUGCCAAAUUUUACUGUAUAGUUUCCAAACCCACUUAGAAGUAUAUUUAUUAAUUACUGAAAUUAUUAGUCUGCAUUUGGUAUAUAGUUUCGUGUGUUACAUAGUGGCAGGUCAAGAUAAGUUACUACUUUAAGGUCAUUUGCUGCAGUGGCUGAGGUGGCCCUGUGGCAGACACGGGCAGAUUGGCAUUUCACAGCCCUGGGGCCAUUUUAAGAGGUGUAGCCUUUCACCUUAAAUGCAUUACCCAUGGCAGCAUGGAGGGGUAAAGCCUUCAGGUCAAUUCUUAAAUGGCCUUAUUUGAAUUUGAUGUUUUAAAAAGAAACUCAGGGAAGGUACUAAAACCAAAAUCUCUAAUUUGACUUUGUGUUUUCCACAGUUUUUAUUUUGUUUUAUUGGGAUACUGUUAUAAAGGGAAAUAAUAACUGUGAUCAUUUGAUAAUCGUACAACUUUCCUAACUAUUUCUUCGUUACCUUUUAUUUCACAAGUUUCUGACUAUGAAUUAAGUUAACAUUUUUUUUACCAGUUUCAAGCUGCCUUUUAUGUGCUUUAAAUGUAUAUAACUAGAGAGUACUAUAUGCUGAAAAGAAUGUGUUUGAACACAGUUAACGUCACAAACAAAUGUAAGCCUACUUUUUGUGACUUUUUUUGGUGACAAAUAUAUCUAAUAAAUGUGUUUACAUGUGUGCUUUUUAAAAA